AAAAUUAUUAUUAACAAUUUAUCUCAUCCUAAUAAGGAAAAUGCUUGGAACCAAACCUCUUGAUAAUUACUAUAACUUGGUGAAAAAAACCAUUCUCAAUUUUCAGCAUCCAGUAAGUGGUCUUUUUCCUGCAAGUUUAUAUAGAGCACAAUUUAGUCUUAAACAUGAGUACAGCGAUGCUUGGAUUCGUGACAAUGUAUAUAGCAUUUUGCCAGUAUGGGCUUUGGCAUUAGCUUAUGGAAAAACAGGAGAACACGAAGAAGAGAAAUCUCGCCAAUACGAGUUGCAUCAGUCUGUUAUAAAGUUGAUGAGAGCAUUACUAAGAUCCAUGAUGCAACAGGUAGAUAAAGUUGAACGUUUCAAAAGAAGUCAAAAAAAAGAAGAUUCUUUGCACGCAAAAUAUUGUUGUCGUACUGGCAAAACAGUUGUUGGUGAUCAUGAUUGGGGUCAUCUCCAGAUUGAUGCUGUAUCACUUUACUUGUUAAUUCUUGCUCAAAUGACAGCAUCUGGUCUUCAGAUUGUUUAUACAAAGGAUGAAGUAGAUUUUGUUCAAAAUCUUGUGUUUUACAUUGAAACAGCGUACUUAAUUCCAGAUUUUGGUAUUUGGGAACGCGGUGAUAAAACCAAUAGAGGUGUUACAGAACUUAAUGCUAGUUCCGUUGGAAUGGCUAAGGCCGCUCUUGAAGCAAUGGAUGAGUUAGAUGUUUUUGGAUCACGUGGUAGCCCUGAAUCAGUUAUUCAUGUUUUAGCUGAUCAAAUUCAAGGGUGUAAGGCAGUAUUGCAAUCCAUGUUAAUGAUUUAUUGUAUAUAUUUUGAUUCUACAUUGCAGGCAGUAUUGCAAUCCAUGUUGCCCAGAGAAUCUUUAUCAAAGGAAUGUGGGGCUUCGUUACUCAGUAUAAUUAGCUUUCCUGCAUUUGCUGUAGAAGAUAUAAACUUAAUCAACACAACAAAAUCAGAAAUCAUUACUAUGCUACAAGGUUUCUAUGGAUGCAAAAGGUUUCUUAGAGACGGCUACCAUUGUGAAAACGAAGAUCGAUUUCGGUUACAUUAUGAACUUCACGAGUUAAGUAAAUUUGAACACAUUGAAUGUGAAUGGCCUCUCUUCUUCUGUUUUCUUGUUAUUGAUGGUGUCUACAAUAACAAUAUAAAUCAGGUUGAAACCUAUUUAAAACUUCUUGAGCCAUUAAUCAUAAAAAGUGCAGAUCAACUAGAUUUGCUUCCAGAGUUAUUUUACGUUCCAAAAGAUAAGAUUGAACAAGAAAAAGAGGUUCCGCAUAGCCAGACUCGCUUCUGUGGUGAUCGAUUACCACAUUUAUGGACACAAUCACUAUAUAUUUUGGGAAAGUUAUUACACGAGGGUUUUGUUGCUGUUGGUGAACUCGAUCCCUUAAACCGCCAUUAUAUUACGUCUCCCAAGCCUGAGUUAGUUAUACAAGUGGCAUUGAUUGCUGAAGAUGAAGAAAUAAAAGAGCUGCUUACAAAAAAUGGUGUUAUUUCACAAACUGUAAAAGACGCAGAGCCCAUCAGAAUCCUUCCAGCUAGAUGUUUGAGUAAAAUCUACAGUCGUUUAGGGAAAAACAGAAAGCUGGGAUUGUCUGGAAGACCUCGAUCAAGCAUUGGAGUAAUCGGCAUUGGGAGCUUGUAUAGGGCAGAUGGUAAUAUUUAUGCGUUUACUCCAGAAUUUCUAGAUUAUCGUCAGUUUUACAUGUGCCUGGAUAAUGAGCUAUUAAUUGAUUCAUUAAAGACAGAUUUGGAAUAUUUUCGUAAUAACUGGAGACUAACUGGUCGUCCAACUCUAACUAUACCUAUAACUCAUUCACUCUUAGAAGAUUCAAUGUCAUCUGCUGCUGGUAGAUUUAUAUUGCAAGUUACUAGUGGGUACUUAUAUAGUGUCAGAAUUCGUGUUGGCAAGUUGUCUGAAAUGCUAUCGAGAUCAAGCAUUAAAAAUUUAGAUUUUGUGAAACCGAAACAUUUUGCAGAUAUAAUUCGACGUUUUCCUGAUCCAACUGUAUCUCCUCGACCUGGGGAAGUAUUAAAGAAUUAUGAUGACUCAGUUGGAGAGCAAACAAUUUACGGAGGAAGUAUGUCAUCACUUGAUCAUAGUAUUUAUGGAUCAGUUGCGCGAAGUCGAAAUCUAAGCCGUGCUGCUUCUUGGACAUCUGCUACAUCAUUUGGUUCAGCCUCUGACGAAGAAGAAUGUUCUCAGAUAGUCCAAAGAUUUGUUUUUGAUACAACUGACUGUCAAUCCUCAAAAAGUAGCAAUCCUCCAGAAGAAAAGGAUGAAGUAGACAUUGAUGAAAUUCGUACUCAGUUAGAACAAACUGAUGAUAUUUGUGCACAAGCUGAUAUUCUCCAUUACUUGAACACAACAAAGGGGUUUAACUACGAUAUAAAAUUGUAUGGAAUUCCAGGUUUUACAGUAAGCAAGCUACUUGAAGAGUUAUAUGAAAAGGCUUGUCAUAUGAAAUUAUGGUCCUUGGUGAGGCAUACAUCUGGAAUGUUGAAAAAGACUGUUCAAGAUUUGAGUCAGGUAUGCACUGUGUUUCUUGUCAAUCAGAAGCAUAUUGGUAUAGGGUUACCUCAUUUACAUUUUGAAGAAAUAAUUAAACAACCACUUCCUCAAGAUGAACUCAAAUCUUUAAUAUACAGAGCAUGUGGCGAUGACAGCAGUGCGGCAGUUUUAACGCAAGAAAUGCUAACUUAUCUAUCUAUGUUCUUGAAAACAGAUCCAAGCUUGUUUAGUGAAAUGUUGCAAAUACGCGUGGGACUAAUUAUGGAGGUUCUUGCUGCCGAGUAUGCAAGAGCGUCUGGACUUUCAGGUGAAGAAGCAGCAGAUGAUUUGUUGAGUUUAAGUCCUUUUCAAAUGAAAUCUCUUAUGUACUUUAUAUUAAGCGGUAAAGAGUUUGGCGUUGAACAAGAGUUUGAUAAAUCUGUCGUGUUUGGAAUCGAACGUAAAGGGAGCAUGCAACGUGUGAGAACCGCUGUCAAGAAAGUAGGAGAGGCUUUAGCACACAAGAAUCUAAAGCAACAACCGGUUAUUUUCUCUACUUUGAAUCAACUUCAGCCUACUUUUGAAACAAUGAAGACAGGAAUGUGGCUAAGAAGAAGAUGUUUAGAUGGGGCGCUAAACAGGGUGCCUAAAGGUUUUUAUCACAAAGUAUGGCAUGUCCUUCUUAAAUCACGAGGCAUGGCUGUUUAUCCGUAUGGUUUCUUUCUCGAAGAUAGACUUACUCAAGAGAAUACACCUGGUGAAAUGAAAUUUGCUUUAAAAGUAGAGGAGGAACUCAACAAGAUACUAUUUCCUGAAUACAGACAACUUGUAGUGGAGGCAAUGAUAAUAGUUUCGCAACUUUUUGAGCACCAUGAUGAUUUUCGAUUCAACGAUGUUAUUCAGUUAAACACUAUUGUAUCAAAUGCAAACCAACUUUUUCUCGAAAAACAGAAAAAUGAAAACGGUGAUGCAACGUUGUGCUGUGUUGCUAAAAAUAGACCUACAACCAAUGUGUCGGCAUGCGGAGCAAGCAAUCAAAUAUGCCGCUAUUUUUACGACAGCGCACCGAGUGGUGAAUACGGAACUUUAACAUACUUAGCCCAGGCGUCGUUUCAAAUGUUUUACAGACAUAUGCAGGAUUCAAAUGAAUUUUGCAAGGUAACCUGACUGAAAAAUUAUAGAUUAAAUAUGAAGUUCUUUAUUUCAAUGUAACAAAAAAAAUAUAUAUAAAAAAAUAAUAAUAUAUGCUACAUUUUUGAAA